CUAUCCAAAUUUUGCAAAAACAGAAACAACUUCUCCUAAUAAUCCUACAUUUUUUGCCGGGAGAAUCAUCAUAAAAAUGUUAAUUUCACCAAAUCUGAAUUUCAUACAAUCAACACCAUUCAUUCUUGAUAUUCAUAUUCACACAUCUUUAAACCUCAUCCAUAAACCCUUAAACAAGCCACCUAAAAAAGAUCAAAACUUUAUCUGUUUUUCAUCAAAUUCAAAUCAUUUUCAGACACACCCACAUCAUAAUUAUUCACCUCCUUCUUGUUCUGACAAUAAUAGUAAUAAUAUUGGUAAUUCUUAUGCUAUAAAUGGCAAGAAUCUUGGAACUUUGCUUCAUUAUUGUAAUACACUUAAAGAAGUUAAAAGAUUACAUGGGGUUGUUACAAAGUGUUGUGGGGUGUAUCUUGAUAACAAUUUGAUUAGUGGGUAUGUAAGAAUGGGGUGUUUGAGUGAUGCGCGUAAGGUGUUUGAUGAAAUGCGUGAGAGAAAUGUUGUUUCUUGGACUGCUAUGCUUGGUGGGUAUUUGAAACACGGGUUUGAAGACGAGGCGUUGAGGUUGUUUGUUGACUUUGUUGAGAGUGGGAUCCAGGCGAAUUCCAAGACUUUGGUUUGUCUUUUGAAUUUGUGUAGUAGGAGAGUGGAUUUUGAACUUGGGAGACAGCUUCAUGCGUGUGUGUUUAAAGGGAAUUUUGGGAAUUUGAUUGUGGAAAGUGCUGUGGUUUAUUUCUACUCACAAUGUGGUCGUUUGGAUGAAGCGUUUCGUGUGUUUGAUAGGAUGCGUGAACGUGAUGUUGUGUGUUGGACUACGAUAAUAACAGCUUGUUCCCAACAUGGACAAACUGAGGAUGCUUUCAUGUUGUUUUCAAGGAUGUUGUCUGAUGGGUUUGCACCUAAUGAGUUUACCGUUUGUAGCGUGUUGAAAGCUUGUGGGGAAGAAAAAGCACUGAAAUUUGGGAGACAGUUGCAUGGAACCAUAUUUAAAAAGCUAUUUAAAAACGACGUUUUUCUAGAGACUUCGUUGGUAGAUAUGUAUGCAAAAUGUGGCGUGAUUGAAGAUUCUAGGAUUGUGUUUGAUGGAAUGAGAAGACGAAACAUGGUUACCUGGACUUCUAUUAUAGCGGGGUAUGCGCGCAACAAUCUUGGAGAAGAAGCCAUCAAUCUCUUUAGAGUAAUGAAAAGACGUAAUAUAUAUGUUAACAAGUUAACAAUGGUGAGCCUCAUUAGGGCAUGUGGGAGUAUUAGAGCAUUACAAACCGGUAAAGAAUUGCACGCCCAAAUACUCAAGAAUAACAUUGAAGACAACAUUUACAUAGCAAGCACCCUAGUAUGGUUGUACUGUAAAUGUGGAGACUACUCAUGUGCAAAUUACGUGCUUGAGAGAAUGACUUUUAGAGAUGUUGUUUCUUGGACCGCUAUGAUCUCAGGGUGUGCAAGGUUAGGGCAUGAAUCUGAAUCUCUUGAAUAUUUAAAAGAAAUGUUGGGUGAAGGAGUCGUUCCAAAUCCGUUCACAUUUUCUUCAGCUUUGAAAGCGUGUGCUAGAUUAGAAAAUGUUUGGCAUGGAAAAUUGAUACAUUCAUCAAUUUCCAAAUCGCCCGCAUUGUCUAAUGUGUUUGUGGGUAGUGCUUUGAUUAACAUGUAUUCUAAGUGUGGGUAUGUUGAAGAUGCAUUAGAAGUUUUUGACAGCAUGCCGGAAAAGAAUUUGGUUUCUUGGAAGGCAAUGAUCGUAGGGUAUGCAAAGAACGGGCUAUGUAGAGAGGCUAUGAAGCUCAUGUAUCGAAUGGAAGCCGAAGGUAUUGAAGUAGAUGAUUAUAUACUUGCAACUGUUCUCACUGCUUGUGGUGAUUUUGAAUGGAAAGAUGAUGAACAUCCGUCCAAAUAUCGUUUGCAGUCAAAUGAUCGAUGAUCUAAAUAAGCCCUGAUUAUUGUACCAUGAAAACUUUGUUUCUGUAAAAUAUAUCGUACCGUAUAUGUGUUGUACUGUAAAGUGCUAGUUUAUCAGGAUAACGUUUGUAUAUAGGGUGAAAAGAAUUGCCACCACUUAUUUGAUUUAUGUACCAUAGCAAUUUGUUGCAAUCAGAUUUGGUUAGUACCCGA